UUCACCCAACCCAGUCCAUGAGGGUGGAGAGGACUCAUUUCCUUCGUCAUCAGGCCAUCCAUCCAUCCAUCCGUUCUUUUCGGCGGCGAGGGCGAUGCCGUUAGCGGCAUCCUUCCCUCCCUCUCUCUUCCGAUACGCCUCCUUCCGCUCCUCACUUUCUAAAACCCUCUCCCUUCUCCCCCUCCCGCUCCCUUCCCGCUAUGCCCGCCGCCCCUUUUCCCUCUCCUACUCCUCUCGCAGACCAUUCCACAAGCACCCUUCGCGCAGUUCCUUCCGCCCCCGCCCCAUGCCCAACCCCUCCCUCUCCCCUCUCUCCACCGACGCCGCCCCCGCCCUAAUUCCUUCCCCUGACCCUGAUCCCACCGCCGCUGUCUCCACCAGGUCCAAGAAGAAGGCCCGCCGAGAGUCCCCCGAGGGCCUCCUCCGCUACCACCUUGACAUGUGCUCCAAGCGCAGCGACCUCCCCGAGGCCCUCCGCCUCUACGACGCCGCUCGCGCCGCCUCUACUUCCCUCUCCCUCCACCAUUACAACGUCCUCCUCUACCUCUGCUCCUCCCCUUCCGACGCCACCGACGACACCCGUGCCCUCGGGCUGGAACGUGGCUUCGAGAUCUUCCGCCAGAUGGGCGCCGACGCCGUUUCCCCCAAUGAGGCCACCUUCACCAGCGUCGCCCGCCUGGCCGCUGCGAAGGAGGACGCGGACCUCGCCUUCGACCUCGUCAAGCAGAUGUCGAGCGUCGGGAUUCCCCCCAAGCUGAGGUCUUACGGCCCCGCGCUUUUUGGCUUCUGCAAGAAGGGCGAGGUCGAGAAGGCCCACGACGUGGAGGCCCACAUGGCCGCGGCCGGUGUCGUGCUAGAGGAGCCCGAGCUCGCCGCGCUCCUCAGGCUCAAUGUCGAGAAGGGUAGGGCGGACGAUGUGUAUCGGCUGCUCCACCGCUUGCGAGCUAUCGUGAGACGGGUAUCGGAGUCCACGGCGGCGAUCGCCGAGGAGUGGUUCAGUUCGGAUGCAGCGGCCGAGGUGGGAGUGGAGGAGUGGGAUGCGGGGAAGGUGAAGGAAGGGGUGGUGAAGGGAGGGGGUGGGUGGCAUGGGCAAGGAUGGUUAGGAAAAGGGCGGUGGAGUGUUGGGAGGAGCGAGAUGGAUGAGAACGGGGUGUGUCGGCGGUGUGGGGAGAGGCUGGUGUGCAUAGAUAUUGAUCCGCAGGAGACAGAGGACUUUGUGAAGUCGUUGGCUUCCCUGGCUUCCCAGAGAGAGGUCAAGACUGACUUCAUGGGCUUCCAGGAGUGGCUCAACCGUCAUGGACCAUUUGAUGCUGUUAUAGAUGCUGCAAAUGUAGGCCUGUAUAAGCAACACAACUUCAGCUUUUUCCAGCUAAAUUCUGUUGUAAAAGGAAUGCGUCAAAUGAGUCCAUCAAAAAAAAUGCCCCUUAUUAUUUUGCAUUGUCGGCGUGUGAAAGGUGGCCCUGCUGAUAAUCCAAACAAUAAGAAACUAUUGGAGACCUGGCAGAAGGCCGGUGCACUAUAUGCUACCCCUCCAGGCUCAAAUGAUGAUUGGUAUUGGUUGUAUGCGGCUGUCAGUUGUAGGUCUUUGCUUGUUACAAAUGAUGAAAUGAGGGACCACUUGUUUGAAUUGCUAGGGACUAGUUUCUUCCCUAGAUGGAAAGAGAAGCAUCAGGUGCGACUUACAUUUUCCAGAAAAGGCCCCAGUUUUCACAUGCCACCUCCAUAUUCAAUAGUCAUUCAGGAGUCUGAAGGUGGAAGCUGGCAUAUACCAACAGUUUUAGGAGAUGAUAUUGAAACACCUCGGCAGUGGGUUUGUGCAACCAGAGAUGCUAACACAGUUUCCUCUCUAUCCCAUGCGUAGUUAGGCCAGUUGAGGUUGUGGUAUCAAUAAUUAACUCGAGGCGAGCCCAAAUUUUUGAUUCGAUCCAUUCAUCCCUUCUUCAUUGAUCCCUUUAUGAGGGGUAUUUAUUCAUCUUCUGUAAUCAUUAUUGUGUGUAUUUUUAUAUUUUAUUGAGUUGCGAAUUCUAUGUUUAGAACUUGUCAUUGACUCCCAAAACGGUAAUACAUACAGAACCAGAUUAAUUAGCUGCCAUCUAAA